AGUUAAGGGUAUGGAUAAUUCUGAAAUAUGUCAUUUGAUAAAAAUGUAUAUAAACCAGAUAAAAAGUAUCAUUUUCCUAAAUCUAAUGGCAGAUCAUUUAGGCAUGAUUGGCUAGACCAGCAUGAAUGGCUUUGCUAUUCACCUUCACAAAAUGGUACUCUGCAGCCUAUCGAGAUGAUCAUGGAUGCUGGUAUCAAGAAAGAAAUAGAACAGAAUAGGGAAAUACUAUCUCCAAUUAUUGAUUCUGUCAUUUUUUGUGGACGUCUAGGUUUACCUCUUCGUGGGCAUCGUGAUGAUUCCAAGUAUCACCCUACUGUUGGUUGUUAUUCAUCUGGAGGGGUUGGUAAUUUCAUUGAAACACUCAAUUAUGGAGUUAGGAGAGGGGAUAAAGUUUUAGAAAAUCAUUUAAAGAAUUGUGGUAAGAAUAGAAGUUAUAUUUCUAAAACAAGUCAAAAUAAAAUCAUUAAAUGUUGUGGCCAGGUAAUCAGUAAUCAGAUUAUUUCUGAUAUCAAAAAGUAA